GGGGCGGUAUAUGCUCGGCACGGGUAUAAUGUUUGUGAGAGCUAAGCUAGGGAUGGUUCGUUAAGCGCGAACGAGGGCAAGGGUUUUUGUGCUCGGGAGAGGGGGCGCGCGGCAAAGCGGAGCGCGGACAAGAGGAGCUAUCGCCGUGGCUGCGCGAACCAUGUUUUGGGCGACGGUGAGGAGCUUCGUCGAGGCUUAUGGGGUCGGGAAACACGUUCCACAGCGGUGCUACGUCGGCUGCUCCAUCCAUUUCCAUGGCGUUUUCUGAGAGCGGGGGCUGGUCUUGGUUCCGUGGGGGGCCUGCUAAGGGAGACGAGUUGCCACCGGAGGAUCACUGGUCCGAGGACAAGGAGAAGAGCGCGAGCUGGGCGGUAAGCGAUGACGUGCCCGAGCACCGGAGCGUGCCAUCCGGUCUUGCUUCCCCACAGAUGACACAGGAAGCCGCCGCUGCCGUUGCUGCCGCCGCCACCGUCGACAAGGCAGGUGACAACAUUGGCGUGAACAUUUUCUCGAGUUCAUUGCCUGACUUGUUCCGAAACAAACUAGGACUGCUCGAUGUUCAACAGCCGCCCUCAUCGGAGGCCGACGAGGAACCUGAAGACAAUGAGAUUCCUCUGGAAGAACUGGAGCUGCAUGCUAUCGGCAGUCUGCUUCCUGACGACGAUGAGUUGUUGGCCGGUGCUCUCACUGAUAUGCCACCGGGGUCGUCCAGCACCCAGGAUUCAGAGGAUCUCGACUUUUUCAGCAACGGAGGGGGCCUUGAACUCGACGGUGAUGGCUUUUCUGCCGAAGAACCGACUUCGCGCACGAUUUUUGUACGGAAUAUAGAUAGUAAAGUUUCGGAUGACGAGCUUAGAGCUGUUUUUGAGCGUUUUGGUGACAUUCGUACGCUGUACACUGGAUGUAAACCCGAAGGUUUGAUUUUAGUCUCCUACUACGAUUUGCGGGGUGCCAAGCGCGCGAUACGUGCGCUCCAGAGCCGGGUGCUGUGGGGCCAAAAGUUGGAGAUGCACUUCUUAUUUCCAAAGGAUAGUCACCCAUACGACACAAGCCUUGGCAUGGUUGCGGUUUUCAAUGUCGAUCCCGCCGUGUCAAACGACGAUCUCAAAGAACUUUUCGGAGUGUAUGGGGACAUCAAGGAGGUCCACGAGACACCGCUUAAACAUCGACACAGGUUCAUCGAGUUCUAUGAUUCACGAGCUGCAUGCGCUGCGCUUCGGGUUCUGAAUAAGCGUGAUCUACUCGCCAGGCGAACUCGACUGGACCCGAGCUCAAUAUUGCAGUUCAACGAUGACGUUGAUAACGAUGAUCCUCUCGUGCAGUCUCAGCAUCUGUUCAACGCGACAGGCUAUAGUGAAAGCGAGGCUUUGAGGGAGCUUCACCAGCAAGCGAAGUUUGCGUCGUUUAGCCACCCUUGGAACUCCCUGGCGGGUGGUUUAUCUUCACCAUCCUCCGUCAUGGGAAAAGCUGGUGAUGUUGGGCUGGGCUAUCACUCGUAUCCGGAUUUUGACUACGGCCUUAUGAACCAUAUUCGGCAGAGCUCGGCCAUGUCAGCUUUACGUGCACGUGAAGGACUGGAAGAGAUGCCUCUUCAUAGGAGUCCUGGUUACGAGCAUAGAGGCCUGGCAGUAAAUCCUCGACCAGGAUUGGUGACAACGCCAAGCUCGCCUUUCCUGUGGGGCAAUGCUCCGCAGAGCUCUCCGUUGCUGUGGCCACCAUCAGCUCAUUUGUAUGGUCAUCCAAAGGUUCAUGGUUGCAGCCUGCAGAGCCACUUACUCAAUCCGGUUCUGGCUUACCCUCAAGUAGGAUGCCUACCUUACGGUGAGAAGUUACGAGACAGAAGGCGCGGGUAUUUAAGGCAAUCGGCGCCUGGAGGAUACCUUGGGCUUACAGGGUCACUGAGGCUGGGGUCAAGAAGUCAUCCUGAUCGCAAGAGUGAUUUGUCGAAGGGCGCUCUUUCCAGCGGCGUGGGCCGAUUCAACAGCCGGCACAGAAGCCGCAGAGGCGACAGUAACGCAGCGGACAAAGAACAGUUUCACCUGGACCUGGAUCGUAUAGUCAGCGGAGAGGACAAGCGUACGACGCUCAUGCUUAAAAAUAUUCCGAACAAAUACACGUCGAAGAUGCUCUUGGCAGUGAUCGAUGAGGCAAACCAGGGCACUUACGAUUUUAUCUACUUACCAAUCGACUUCAAGAACAAGUGCAAUGUGGGGUACGCUUUUGUGAAUAUGAUAGAGCCUUCCUACAUUGUCUCGUUUUAUAAGGCUUUUAAUGGCAAGAAAUGGGAAAAGUUUAAUAGUGAGAAGGUUGCAUCGGUAGCUUAUGCUCGAAUUCAAGGCAAAGCCGCUCUCGUGGCUCAUUUCCAGAACUCGAGCUUGAUGAACGAAUGUCGUCCUAUAGUGUUCGGCGAAGAAGGGAACACUCCGGACGAUCCAGGCAAAGAAAUCGGGAUUGUAAUGGGUUCCGAGGAAGCGACGAAACUGUAAAACACGUGAGGGUAACACAGAGAGGCAAGGAAGAUGAUGAGCACCUCUUCAAGCGAAGGUUUUGAUGUAGAUUCCUUAGGACUGGCUCAUCCAUCUAUCGUUGAGGUUGUUUUUUUUUCCUUUCGUUUUCCUUUUUUAUCUUUUUCUACGUUCUUCCUUUUGCUUGUAAAAAAUAAUGAGCUAGUCAUGGAAGAAGAUCCGGCAGCCGCGGUAGCAGCAGCAGAUUUUAUGUAAAAAGUUCAGAAGAAGAAAGUUUGGUGUUCGGCAAUCAGUGGCAGUGUUGAUCUCCGUUAGUUGGUUGGAUUGGAGAGAAGGGAGAGUUUUUCAGGCCUUUGGUGGUGGCUCUACCUUUGUAGCUCCAUCAGAUUUUGUAGUAAUGGUUUCUUUCGUUUUUUCCAGUCUAAGAUGAAUGAGAUCCAUUAUCUUG